UACUUGCUCCCGAGCAAACCGGUUGAAAGUGGUUUCAAGGAAUUAUAUGCUACCUCUAUAUAACAUAUCCCAGGAUUAUUUCGAAUCAUUUGACCUAUCUACGUUGUUGCUGCAAGUACUAUUGUACUAUGAAGGAUUUGGAAUUUACGCUAGAUAUUGCAAAGAUGAAGAAGGAGGAUGCAGAGUCUUCUAAAAGCUGCUCUUCUGACGAUUCUAUUGUCCAGCAGAAGAAAAAAAUCCAAGAGAGGGAUGGCUGGAAAGGGCGACUGGACUUUAUUAUGACAUGCAUUGGGUAUGCCGUGGGAUUGGGAAAUAUUUGGAGAUUUCCUUACCUUUGUUACAAAAGCGGUGGUGGUGCUUUCUUCAUUCCCUAUGUGAUGUUUCUAGUCCUUUGCGGGGUACCUCUUUUCUUUCUGGAGGCGUCUUAUGGACAGUUCUCUAGUCUGAGUCCAAUUUCAGUAUGGAGAAUGUGCCCACUGUUCAAAGGUGUUGGAGUAGGAAUGGUUAUGGUGUCUGCAAUCGUGUGUAUUUACUAUAACGUGAUAGUAGCCUGGACGUUGUAUUUUCUGUACAUGUCUUUCCGGGCAGUUCUGCCUUGGAGUACGUGUGAUAAUGAUUGGAAUACGGAAAAUUGCGUUGUAGGAAUAGGAAAUAUUCACAAUCCUACUCGGGGUAAUGUUUCAGCCUUCUCCCUGGGAAAUUCUACAUACAAUGAUACAUCUAACACAAAUAGUACUUUCUUCAAUGGGACUGUGGCCGCAACGGCUCUUGUCGGCAAAAAGAUGUCAGCAAGCGAGGAGUUUUGGACACGGCACGUUCUAGAAAUUACUGAAGGAAUAAACAAUCCGGGUACCAUACGAUGGCAGCUGUUGAUUUGCUUGACUCUGGCGUGGGUCACCGUGUUUUUGUGCCUAUUUAAAGGUGUCAAAGUUUUAGGAAAGGUGAUGCAUUUUGCAGCCCCUUUUCCAUAUCUAGUCUUGCUAGUAUUAUUGAUCAGAGGAGUAACCCUGCCGGGUGCAGUGAACGGCAUUAAAUUCUACAUUUUACCGAAGUGGGAGAGGCUGGCUGACUACCAGGUGUGGGGAGAUGCUGCGCUACAGAUAUUCUACUCAGUGGGCAUGGCAUGGGGAGGAAUUAUUACUAUGGCCAGUUAUAACAGGUUCAGCAAUAAUAUUUACAGGGAUGCAAUGUUGGUGCCCAUAAUUAACUGCAGCACCAGCAUUUUUGCGGGUUUUGUGAUUUUUUCCAUUUUGGGAUUCAUGGCAGAGUCCGCCAAUACAACAGUUGAAAAUGUUGUCAGUCAAGGACCUGGAUUAACAUUUGUGGCAUAUCCAGAAGCUGUUGCCAACCUCCCCAUUUCACCUAUGUGGGCAGUUCUAUUUUUUCUGAUGUUAUUCACCAUUGGUUUGGACAGCCAGUUUGGUAUGGUUGAAACUUGCAUAUCAGCAUUUUUGGACGAAUACCCACAUUUAUUGCGAAAGAAGAGAACACUGAUUUGUUUCUUAGCCUGUCUCUUUGAAUUUCUGUUGGGUCUUCCUUGCAUUACACAGGGUGGAAUUUACGUUCUGCAGAUAAUGGAUUGGUACUGUGCUAGCUUCUCGUUAAUGCUUAUCUCCCUAACAGAAUGUCUGGCUAUUGCAUGGAUAUAUGGCACAGAGCGAUUUUACAAAGACAUUGAAUUAAUGCUUGGGUACAAACCUCAUGCCAUUUGGCAUAUAAUGUGGCGAUAUAUUACACCAACUAUAAUCUUGGGCAUUUGGUUAUUCAGCGUCAUCACUCUAGGACCUGUUACAUACGAUGGGAGAGCAUAUCCCGAGUGGGCCAUAGUUUUUGGAUGGUGUCUUGGUGUGGCAUCAAUGCUUCCGAUUCCAAUUAUUGCUAUCACGUCUUUUAUAUGUUCAGAAGGAACACUUUGUGAGAGGUGGAACAAGUUGACAACCCCUCUAGAAAGUUGGGGGCCCAGUCAGCCAGAAGAUAGAGAGAGAUACCACGCCUCGUUAUCACAUUCAAAAAGCGGUACAUUUAUGGAGAUAAUUGACUCCGUUCAAAAAGCAGAGGAGGAAAAUGCCUCAACACCAUUCAUUGACAAAGUGAAAAUGUCCAGUUGACUUUAAAUUUUAUUUUUGGAAAAAAAAAUUUUGAAGAGAAAAGGGAAAAAACUCAAAGAAAACACAAAAAUCUGUCCUUUUCCUGGCAUGAUUUUCUGGAGUUGCAUGUGAAUAUAUAAAUAUAUAUUUUAAGCACAUUUUAUCUUCGGCGAUAUUCCUCCAAAGGAUUAUUUUCUUGAAACGCAUCAGAAUCAUGCAAAGAAAAUCCAAACAAAGAAGUUGUCAAUAAUGACCCAGUGUUAGACUUUACGUCUACUUUAGUUACUAUUUACAAAUGUAGGUUUGUGUUGGUAGAUUUAGUAAUGUCUAGUCUGUCGCUUAUUCUGAUUUAUAAGUGGAUUUAGACAUAACGUAUUCUUAGAUUUAGUUGUUUUUUUUUUGUUUCAUGUUUUUUAAAUAUGGUUGAAGAUAGUCGAAUCUGUAUGGUUCUGCUAUGAUAUAGCACCAAUUUUGUUGUAUUUUUCUUGAUUUUUGUUGUUUAAUAAAACGAUUAGAGGAUUCCAUGAAUCAUUUUUAAUCAGACAUAUAAAAGGCGAUACUUGUUCUUAUUUUUGGACAGUGUAUCCUAAAUUAUGUGCCUUCAUUGUCUAUAGAUGUAGCACUGCUGGUGUUUUAUGUUUAUGUAGCAUUUAUUUAAGCACAUUUGCUUUUAAACAUACUUUAAAAGAUGUAACAAUUUUAAAACCAAUGAAGCUUAAUUCAAAUGUUUGAAUAUUUUUUUUUUCUAGUUUUCUAGUUAUUAUUCAUUCAUUUGUUUUUGUCUUUAUUUUGUUAAAUAAUCAAUGCAAUUAACUGUCAAGUAAUUACAUUUAUCACUACAAAGCUUAAAAAACAGAUUGUUUCUUCAACCUGUUUUGUGUUUUUGUCUUACAUAUGAAUAUGCAAAGCAUAAUAUUUUUUAUUUGUUGUACAGCUGUUAAAAUUAAAAAUUAAGUAUCUCAUAGUUUUUUUUACGGAUUCCUUUUUUCUUUUUAAUUAUUUCAUUUGUUUAAAAAGGCAUAUCUUUAAGUAAAUUUUAAAUGAAAAAUAGAUGUGUUCAAACAAAGAAAACUUUAUACCCUUUAAUUUACAGUUUUUGAUCUGAUAUAGUUUAAAAUUGAGAAUGUGAUAUCCUUAAUGUAAUUAAGGUUAUAUUCUUAAUGUAAUUGAGGUUUACAAAACUACAUAUUUUCUUUAUUUUGUUUCAUCUUUACAUCCAAAUAUUUUAUUUGACUGCCUUGGAUGUUUUAGCAGGUUAAAUGAAAACAUGGUUGAACUAAUUAUAAAUGAUUAUAAACACUUGUUUAUAUGAUAUAAAUGUUUGAAAAUCACUUGAACCAAAAGAUAAAUAAACAUUUGAUUAAAUUUUUGUUAAAAAA